AUGGAUCUAAAAUUCAUUUCUACUUUUCUCUGCUUUGCCCUGCUUCAUUCAUCAAAAACAUUAGGUGAUAAUUUCACUAAUCAAAGUGAUUUAGAAACCUAUAUAAUACAUCUUGAAUUUCAUGAUCAAGUUCUCUCUAGUUCAAAAGAUUUACAUCUCUGGCAUCAAUCAUUUUUGCCUACAAAUUCGAAUCACUCAUCGCGCAUUCUAUAUUCUUAUCAUCAUGUGUUCAAUGGUUUUGCUGCUAUAUUGUCAUCAGAUGAAGUGAAAGAAAUGGAAAAGAAGCCCGGUUUUGUGACAGCACGUCCCCAACGAAUAUUUCAGAUGCACACCACACACAGUCCAAGUUUCCUUGGCUUGCACCAGAAUGUUGGUUUGUGGAAUGCAUCAAAUUCAGGUAAAGGUGUGAUUAUUGGUUUAUUAGAUUCUGGAAUUGAUCCUCAACAUCCUUCAUUUAAUGAUAAUGGAAUGCUUAAUCCACCACUUAAAUGGAAAGGCAAAUGUGAGUUCAAUGUUACAACUUAUUGUAACAAGAAGCUUAUUGGAGCAAGAAAUUUUGCGGAUGGGGCUACGUCCCCUUCGGACGAAGCUGGACACGGGACACAUACUUCAAGCACAGCUGCGGGGAACUUUGUGGAUGGUGCCAGUAUUUUUGGUAAUGCUAAUGGCACGGCUGUUGGGAUUGCACCCCGAGCCCAUGUGGCCAUGUACAAAGUCUGUUAUGGAUAUACUUGUGAAGAAUACAGGAUGAUAGCUGGUUUUGAUGCUGCAAUUGGAGAUGAUGUGGAUGUGAUUUCCGUUUCAAUUGGAUUCGAACACUAUCGGCCACCUUUAUAUGAUGAUACUAUAGCUAUUGGUGCGUAUAGAGCAAUGGAGAAGGGGAUUUUUGUAAGUUGCUCUGCAGGAAAUAGUGGACCGGGUAGUGGUACUGUGGCAAACGGGGCCCCGUGGAUUCUCACAGUUGGUGCUAGCACAACAGAUAGAAAGAUAAGUGCGGUUGCAGUUUUGGGUAACGGAGCUGAGUAUGAAGGCGAAUCAGCCUUUCAACCAACAAAUUUUUCGCGAAAAUUGUUACCACUUGUGAAUGGUGAGGAUUGUGAAUCGUUGUUUUCAAGUCUCAAGGGUAAAAUAGUGUUGUGUGAUACAAGUGGUUACACGUCUAGAAAUGAAAAAGGAGGAAAUGUGAAAAAAGUCGAUGGUGCUGGCAUGAUUCUCAUGAACGAAAAGUAUCGCGGCUCUACAACAUUCUCAGAAUAUGAUGCCGUUCCCACGACACAGGUUAGCUACAAGGAUGGACAAAAGAUCAUACACUACAUGAAAUCAACAUCAACACCAGUUGCAAUGAUAACAUUCAAGGGAACGAAGAUUGGAGACAAGCAUGCGCCAACGGUUGCUUACUUUUCUUCUAGGGGACCAUUUGUGAAGAGUCAGGGCAUACUAAAGCCGGAUAUUAUUGGCCCUGGAGUGAAUAUCCUUGCAGCUUGGCCAACCCCUAUAGAGGGUGAGACAAUAUCUGCAUCUUCAUCUUCAUCAUCGACGUUUAACAUCCUUUCUGGAACGUCGAUGUCUUGCCCUCACCUUGCAGGAGUUGCAGCAUUGUUAAAGAGUGCACAUCCAGAUUGGUCUCCAGCUGCAAUUAAAUCUGCAAUCAUGACCACAGCUGACCUUGUUAACCUUGGAAAAAAUCUAAUUCAGGACGAGACACUUGAACCUGCUGAUCUACUUACAAUCGGAUCAGGGCACGUAAAUCCAUCAAGAGCAAAUGAUCCAGGACUCAUUUAUGACAUCCAGCCCGAAGAUUACAUCCCAUACUUAUGUGGCUUGAACUAUACAGAUGAUCAAGUCAGUUCCAUUGUGAAUAAGAAGAUACAUUGUAAAUCAAGAAUACCUCAAUCAGAGUUGAACUAUCCGUCAUUUUCUAUUCCUAAGAAAUCAAGUGCUCAAACUUAUACAAGGACUGUGACUAACGUUGGAGAAGCAAUUUCAGCUUACAAAGUUAAAGUAUUUGGGCUCAAAGGCGUCGAGGUGACUGUUCAACCUAAAAUCUUGAAAUUUACAGCGUUGAAUCAGAAGGCGUCGUAUAAUGUAACAGUUAAGUCAUUAGAUCUUACAGGGCAUUCCCAAGGGUACAUAAUUUGGUCUUCUGAUAGGUAUUCUGUUAGAAGUCCAAUAAAAGUAUUUCCCCAUAUCAGUGUGAUGUAA